AUGCAGAAGCUAUCUCUAUCACCUACUGCUGGGGACCCUAUCAAGAAUGAGAUUGAUGAAUUUCGCAAGGAUGCCAAAGCCAAGUUGGAGGGGAGGCAUGCAAAGAGCUCUAUUCUAGCAGAUGCUCAUCUUAUUCAGGCGAAAGAUGUUCUCAUCAAGGAAGAAACAGUGCCUCCUACCACAGUGCCUCUGGAUAUGGAGCUUUGGAACAAGAAAAAUGAGCUUCUUUACACAAGAAUCUUUCAAUCUUUGAAUGCUACUAACCUUGCCCGACGAUGUGCAAUAUCUCAUGCAGAGGAACGCCUCUUUACCAUCAAGAAGAUCAGGGAUCUACGCCUGAGGAAUGACGAUUUCCACACCCCUCUUGCAACCUUCCAGAAACUGAAGACAAAACUUGUAUCUCUGGGUGAAAAGUGGGCUGAGAGUACCUACCAUGACCUCUUUAUACUGGGAUUGGGGGAUUGGCAACAGGAAUUUGGAGAGGGUGGCUUAGGAUGA